UUGGAUGCAGUAUACGUAUGCUCCUUUUGUUCACAACAAUGCUACGUAGCUACAUCGCUGGAUUCUUACAUUUCCACAUAACUUACGUUUCUUCUGGACAGUACUUACUACUACUUACGUUACAUUGCAUUUCUUCUGGAAGCAGUCAUCAGCAGACAGCAGUGAAAACUCGACAACAACUACUAGGAACAAACAAGGGGGAAACCCCUUGGGUUGCCCCUCGACACGAUACGCUGUUUAAUGCUGCAUGAGUUUUCACUUUUCAGCAUUCAAAAAACUGCUGGCUUCCGCUUGUUUACUUUUGCAGUUAUGCUAAGUUAUAACACCUUCCGUCUUUGUUUGUUUUGCUCUGAGUGAACAAAAGCACAGUCGACUUCCUCAGCAUUAUAGGUAGAACUUGCGAAUUGCCCUGGAAUCGACUCGAACAGCUAUCUGGUCGCUGUGAAUGUGAGAAGAGCCCAGCAGAUCCAGUGUAAAUAUCUCUGAUUCACAAUGGCAGUUCGUAAGGCCACCCAUGCUGGAAGCUGGUAUCUCUCCGAUGGAGCGAAACUGGAUCGCCAACUUAGUGGCUGGUUGAAAGCGGCAGAUGAAUCCGAGCCCAGACGGGCUUCGGCUCGUGCUAUUAUAGCACCCCACGCGGGUUAUGCUUAUUCGGGUCCUUGCGCGGCCUUUGCGUAUAACCAGAUUGAUCCGUCCACGGUAAAACGAAUAUUUGUUUUGGGACCAUCGCAUCACGUAUAUUUGGAUGGAUGUGCCUUAACUACGAUGAAACAGUAUGAAACACCGCUGUACAACCUUCCCAUCGAUCAGGCUACCGUAUCGGAUCUACGUGCAACGAAAAUGUUCCAAGACAUGUCCCAGCAAACGGAUGAGGAGGAGCACAGUCUGGAAAUGCAUCUGCCUUACAUAGCCAAAAUCAUGGAAUCUCGAAAAGGCUCUUUCAGCAUCGUUCCUGUUCUGGUAGGAAAUUUGUCAGCGGCAAAAGAAGCGGAAUACGGAAGUUUACUCAGUAAAUACCUGGAUGAUCCCACAAAUUUAUUUGUCGUAUCGUCUGAUUUUUGUCACUGGGGAAAACGAUUUAAUUACAUUUAUUAUAAUGCUGCUUGGGGGGAAAUUCACGAAAGCAUUGAAAAACUGGACAGGCUGGGAAUGGAUAUCAUCGAAGAACUAAACGCAAAGAAAUUCCGUGCUUACUUGCAGGAAUACGGAAAUACGGUUUGUGGUCGUAAUCCCAUUUCGAUUCUGUUGGCAAUGUCAGAGUCGUUGCGUGACCGUCCAAAUAUUCCCAAAAUGGCGCUCAAGUUUACCAAAUAUGCUCAGUCGAAUCCAUGCAAAUCGACUCGUGAUUCUUCUGUGAGUUAUGCGUCGGCCUCGUUGGUUUUAUAUUAGGAUUGUUAAUUUUUGAUAUUUUUACUUGUUAGUUUUUUCUGCUACGCUUAAUUGCCGUUAUUUUUACCUUGACUGUGUAUUCCCUGUUAUGCAGUUUCGUUAAACUUUUACUUUUUCCCUACCCCUUAAAUAGCACGCCAUUUUGACGUUGGUUUUUGUGCUUACUGCAUUACUCACCGUCAAUGAAAUCUCAGGGAUACGUCCUUCCGUAAUAAAGGAAAUUGUUGAAUGGUUACGCACUGCGAUGGCGCUGAUUUGUUUUCUACUGAUAUUUGUUUUCCACUGGUAUAGGCCAUUUCAGGAUCUGAUAAUCUGUUUUGAGAAAAUUAAUUGUGUAUUUUAUGUGGAUUUCAGUUCCUUUUUUGAGUGAGUGUUAAUAGUAUCGAAUGAUGCCUCGGAUAUAAUCAAAAUUGU